AUGAAGAACUUGCAACACGUACCUGAUGUGCUUCCGUCUAGUAUUCCACUGCCAGAGAGCGUGGUUACAGCUACAUCGUAUAUUUGGUACUUUCUGCAUCAGGGUUGUGUCAGAAUUCCCGGAAUGCGGUACGUGAUGGAUUACAUUGCAAAGUCACAUCAAGCCGACCCCUACCGCACAAUGGUCGAGAUUGGCCUAAUAAUUUACGGUUUAGUGUACUAUUUAAGCAAGCCCUGGAAGCAAGGGCAAGAAGUACAGGCGCGUUUGAAUGCACGUGAUGUCGACCAACUGAUUGAGGAGUGGGAGCCGGAGCCAAUUGUGAUAUCAGAGCAGCGCGAUGCCUGGCGGCUUCAAGCUCUACCUGUAGUUAGUGUCAUAGACGAGCAUAACUGCUGUACAGUGACAAGGAAUGGCGGACAGGAGCGUUACGAUAAUGUAUUAAAUAUGGCUUCUACAGAUUACUUGCAGCUGUCUCGCGAUCCUACUGUUGUUGAAAUAGUGAAAAACACCAUCAGCAAUUAUGGUGUUGGUUCAUGUGGUCCAGCUGGGUUCUACGGUAACCAGGAUGUACAUUACAAUCUGGAAUACGAACUCGCACGCUUCUUUGGAACGGAAAAUGCUGUCCUAUAUGGUCAGGAUUUCUGUGUUGCUGCUUCUGUGGUCCCAGCUUUUACAAAGCGUGGUGAUGUUAUAGUUGCGGAUGAUCGUAUCUCACUUGCUAUGCAGAACGCUCUGCAGCUCAGUAGGUCUACGGUUUACUAUUUUAAACACAAUGACAUGGCUGCUCUUGAAGAGCUGCUUGCAGAGCUAGACCAACGCGAGCGUGCUGAGCAACUCCCUUCAAUACCACGGAAGUUUAUUAUCACAGAAGGUCUCUUCCAUAACACCGGAGAUAUCGCCCCAUUACCAGAAUUGGUAGCACUCAAGCACUCCUACCGCUACCGUCUGAUUGUGGACGAAAGCCACUCUCUCGGUGUCCUCGGUCGUACUGGUCGCGGACUUACGGAGCACUUCCACAUGGACAGAAAUACUGCUGUCGACAUCACAAUCGGUUCCAUGGCAACCGCUCUUGGCUCUUCUGGUGGCUUCGCUCUCGGAGAUAACGUCAUGUCUCACCACCAGCGCAUUGGUUCCAACGCAUAUUGUUUUUCUGCAUCAUUGCCCCCCUAUUGUUGCGCUGCAGCGCACAGGGUUCUAAGCAUUAUGGAAGCAGACUCAUCCGCUGUGACAGCUCUCCAUAAGGUUACGUCUGUGGUUUAUAAUGCUAUCACAAAAGACGAAAAGCUAUCUCAAUACAUGAUAGUUACUUCCAGCCCCCACUCUAGCGUUAUUCAUUUACAACUAACGCCAGAGAUCCGCAGAUCACUUUUCAACUCCUCAGUCGACGAGUUGUUUGAGGAACUCUCUCGCCUGCAUUCUCGACAUGCUUCCAAUAAGUACGUGGCCGCUUGGGAAGAAGAAGAACGCUUGUUACAGCGCAUAGUUGACAUAGCGCUAAAGAAACAUAUUCUAUUUUCACGGAAUACCCUCGUCCACGAGCAUGAAACCUUACCGGUAGCGCCAGGCUUAAAAAUAUCGUGUCACGCUUUAUUAAAAACUGAACAAGCUGAAAAUGCUUGUGAAGUUCUAAGCAACGCUGUCGUCGAGGCCAUCACCGCAUACGGGAACUCUUCCUAA